CUGCAAAACAACUACAUCAAGUAUCUGUACUAUUUACUUGUCGAGGAUAUGAAGGCAUUCUUAUAACAUAAUUGACAAUGGUAUAUCGGGAAGCAACCGCUUUCGAGUCUUUCGAAGAGCUGCUGGUUCUUCGUGAUGAAUUCUUCACCGCAAACCGUGCAGGCGGUGAUGCCCGCGCCGCUAAGGCUCAUGCCGUCGAGACCGUCCAAAUCUAUGAAUACUGCGGCCGAAAUGUCCCCAUUGCAGUCGAAUGUACGGCUAUCCUGGUGGAUGCGCUGCUGAGGCAAGAGAAAAAGGAGCUGGAUCAAUAUGAAAAGAAGUCCAUGCUUGCCCUUGCCCUGCAUCGUGUUGUCACAACUACCUGCGACAAUUAUGCACCCCAUAUGCCACUCCUCAGCGCGGCAAUCCGAACCGGUCUUCCAAGAAACCUCGUCUUCCUCCGGAAUCGAAUCGCCCACCACGAGAUGCCACCCACCACCCUGCUACUUCCAGCGCUUGAGAAAGCCCUCGAUUGGCUCUGGCAUGAGUUCUGGAAGAAGCUGGAGGAACCAGUCCUCACGCCACAGAAGCGACAUGUGCCAGUCCAUGGCGGGCGGCUGGCCGAGGAGGUGAAGAGUUCUUUGAAGGCGUAUCGAAAUGCUCGGAUCGCGGAGGUGAAAAAGAACUCAUCUCAGAAAACCGGGAGUGGAACGGGGACACCUGAAACAGUUACAAGGUGUCUGGCAUGGCUGGAGACCUACUCGGGGAGGCAGGCUCUGAUUGAAGCGCUGUUCCAAGAGAAGAUGCUUAUCCCGGCAAACCGAAGUUGGAAUGACCCUCUCACAGGUGCUUUCCACCUCUGGUCACCUCUUCUUACUAGUCUCUGCAUUCCGACCCGAUCAUCACACUCAUAUCAAUUCCUGGAGACAUUUACCAAGCAUGCACUCAGCCUACUCUUCGAACAGCUGUUCUCAUCCCUCGACCCAUGUCUAGAUCCUUUCCGACAAGCCGUCGCAGCCUGGCUUCUCUUCAUCCUUACCCACCCCUCGUGCAAGGCUACCCGAGAGACACUCCCCAAGGAAGAAGUUCGGUCGGUUGUCGAGCUGACCUUAAGCGAAUGUGUACUCAAUGCUGUGAACCCUUGGGCAACGGUGCUCACGGACGGCAUACUGAAGACGGCCCGGGAGGGCGAGCGGAAGUACUGGCGCGCUCUGUUGGACGAGGCGCUGGCUGUUGUCAGCGGAGAACCGGGGAAGGAUGGUGGCGAUCAAUGGGAGAAGAAGGUGAAGUGCUCGGUGGCGAGGCGAAAGAGGCAGUUUGAAGAGUUGAAUCACCUGGAGGAUACCAGGGAGAGUACCCGUACAGACAAAUCACUGUACGUUUCGGAGAGAACCUCAGAUGGCGGUGUAGGAUGGAAACGGCGAUGUAGAUGAAUGUGCGGCCACAUAGCGGACUUGACUGCGAUACCCUAGAAGUUCAAAUACUGUUUCUUUCCG